AUGACCGACCACUUCGCCCCUGCGGUUGACCCGAUGCAUGGGAAAACGGCGGAAGAGCGCAACGCUUUCCUAGCUAUUCUGAAGAAGGGCAGCGAAUCACACCGCGAGAUUACAGACAAAUAUGUGGGCUUCUGGGAUGGAAAGGAGCAUGGGGAGAGGAAGGAUAACUACAUGUCGUUGGUGAACAGCUACUACGACCUCGCAACCGAUUUUUACGAGGAGGCAUGGGCGCAAUCAUUUCAUUUCUGUCGCUUUGGGAUCCACGAGCCUUUCCUUCAGGCUCUGGCAAGACAUGAACAUUAUCUUGCUUUUCGGAUGGGCAUCCAGCGAGGCAUGAAGGUCCUUGACGUGGGGUGCGGGGUUGGUGGCCCGGCAAGGGAGAUAUCUACCUUCACUGGCUGCAAGGUUGUCGGUGUCAACAACAACGGCUAUCAAAUCCAACGAGCAACAGCACAUGCAAAGAAGGAAGGCCGAAGUGAAGACGUCUCCUUUGUCAAAAGCGACUUCAUGGAGAUGGAUUUCCCAGAUGACUCCUUUGAUGCUGUGUACGUAAUUGAGGCAACAGUGCAUGCACCGUCCCUCCAAGGGGUAUAUGAGCAGAUCUACCGCGUUUUGAAGCCCGGUGGAACUUUCGGUGUGUAUGAAUGGGUGAUGACGGAUAAGUACGAUGAUUCAGAUCCGUCACACCGCGCCAUCAAACUAGGAAUAGAGCGUGGAAACGGAAUCGCCACCAUGAUGCCUCGUAAGCAUGCAAUGGAAGCCAUACAGGCGGCUGGAUUCAUCCUCGAGCAUGAGGAGGACAUAGCUGACAAGGGGGACAUAAUCCCCUGGUAUGCACCUCUUGCAGGAGAACUUCAGCCUCGCAGCUUGUGGGAUCUUUUCAGUGCUCUUCGAGUGACCAAAUUGGGCCGGGCAUCGGUCAGUACGCUGCUAAGAGUCCUCGAGACUGCCAGGCUUGCGCCAUCCGGUACUGCUCAGACAGCCGACGAGCUUUCAUUGGGCGCAGACAACCUUGUUGCUGGUGGCAGAGCUGGACUCUUUACACCCAUGUAUCUCAUGAUUGCAAAGAAACCGGAAGCCCCUUCAUCCUAG